AUGGCAGAAGUUGUGGUCGAUUGUAAGGAUGUUGGGAACUUUGUCCCAGACGAUCAACUCGCUGAUAUCGUAUUCCCGAGGUAUGAGAAGCAAUGGAACACAUUGAUUGAUGAAAGAAUCUAUAUUACUGGUAAGGCACGUGAAACUGGUCACCAUUCUUUCAGGUUACAUCCACCCCUUCCUUUUGAGAACGAGCUUUUACCAAACAAGCGACUAGAGAAGGCAGAGCUCCUCCUAGAAGAUCAGAUUUAUGGACCAGAGUCGAUAGCCGUUAAUCAGAAGACCGGAAUGGUCUACACAGGCUUGAAAACUGGCCUAAUCUGUGAGAUUGACCUCGACAAGAAGAUGAAGAUUUUACGGGCUGUCCGGCUCACUUCGCUGGAAGGCUGUGAUGGAUCUUAUCAUUCGAUGACGAGGUGUGGACGACCAUUAGGCAUGCGGCUGCAUCCUCUAACAGGCGAACUUUAUGUACUAGACGCCUAUCUUGGAUUGUUCUCGAUAAACUGGGAGACAGAGAAGGUGCGCCAGUACUUUGCCGGUGGUGCAGCGAUUACCAAUGACGACAGCGCCAUUCCAACUAGAUAUCUGAAUGACUUCGAUUUCUUACCUGAUGGUAACUUGGUCAUUUCGGAAUCCAGUACCAAAUUCGAUGACCGUGAUUUUAUCUACGAUCUCUUGGAGCACAGACCGAAUGGGAGGAUAUUGGCCUACAACCCUGAAACAGAAGAACUCAAAGUACUGAAAGGCGACUUGUACUUCCCAAACGGUAUUGAGGCGAUUCGUGGGAAGGUUUUCAUAGCGGAAAUGGGAAAAGCCAGAAUCCUCAGGUUCUCUCCAUCGUCUGGGAACCUGAGCGUCUUCGUUGACAACCUCCCCGGUUAUCCCGAUAACAUCCGGCGAGCCAGAGAUGGUUCUCUUUGGGUUCCAAUUGCUGCUACCAGAUCAGAAGCAGACAACUGGCUGGCAGCUAGACCGUCACUACGUUCGCUUAUGACGAAGCUGUUGUCACCCCAAAUGGUCCACAUAGUUGCAGAAUGGAUGGCCAACAAAUAUGGUCUAGUUCUGAAGGUGGAUUCGGAAACAGGCAAAAUCAUAGAGUCUCUUCAUGAUCCAUCUGGACGUGUUUCUGAUGUAUCGACGGCUAUCGAAGACGGCCAAGGAAACCUGCUUAUGGGCAGUGACGCUAAUUACUACUUAGCCAGACUCAAACUAUGA